AUUCAUAUAAAUAUGAAUAGUCAAAUUUAACAUUUGCUCCUUUUAAUGAAUUAAAUUUAUUCGGCUUAGUAGUAAAAAAAUUAAUUACUGCAGUGCUUUUAUCUAAGCGCUCUUUUUUUUAUGUUUCAUAAUGGAAAAAGAAAUGUGCAAAAAGGUGUUUGAUCCCGAGUUGUAUAAUGCAAAACAAACACCAUUGGACCAUGUGAAAGUCUUUAUCUCCAAGAAGCUUCCUGAGUUAGGAUGGGGUCAAACACAAAAAAAGGAAAUUGUAAUGGACGUUGGCUGCGGACCAGGAAAGAAUACCAUCCAGCUAAUUCUGCCUCUUUUUCCUCAAGCUGAGAAGAUAUUCGCAAUCGAUUUUCUGCCGAACAUGAUAGAAUUUGCACGGAUUCAUAAUUGCCAUCCUCACAUCGAGUACAAUGUGGCCAACAUCGAAAAUUGGUCUAUGAUUGAACAAUGGAAAGGUCAGAUAUCAAAACUUAUUAGCAUUCAUUGCAUCCAUUGGCUGAAAGAUAAGAGACGAGGCUUGCAGAAUAUAUUUCAACUCUUAAAGCCUGGUGGUGAAGUAGCCUUCUGCUUUCUUAUGUCAUCUCCUAUAUUUCCUGUAACACUGAAGUUAGAAAGCGAUCCUAAAUGGAGUAAAUUCUUCAAAGAUGUUGACAAUAUGGUUCCAGAUACCUAUAUUAAUAAGCAUGAGUCAUCGCGUUACAUAAAAAUGAUGGAAGAUAUUGGAUUCGAUAUCUUGUACUGUGAAGAAGGAGAGAAAGCGGAUCCAUAUUCAUCAGAUAAAGAAUACCGAGAUUUUUUUGCAUCACUUUGUGCUCUCGCGUCUCAUGUUCCAAGCGAUCAACGAGAAGAAUUCAUAGAUGAGGGAUUCCAGGAAAUGUUAAAACUGAAUGGUCGAGACAGUAGCGGAAGGCCAGUUCAUCGAGCCGACAUCACCCAAGUGGUGGCAAGAAAAAGGGACAUUCAAAAUUCUAAAAGCUUUUAGGAUUCCUAUGGGAUUUUUUUUAUGCACGGAUUUGAAACUGUUAUAAAUUUGAUUUUUUAGUUGAAUUGAUUAUGAUUAGUUCAAGAUUUUUAUCCAAUUUUAUUUAUAUCUUUAUUGAAACUAAUAAAAAAGCAAGAAUUCUAAAAAUUGCUCAUAAA